AAGGGGAGGGCAGGCAUCAGCCUCACAAGAAGGGCUGGAGACCUCCAGAGCAGCGGAAGCCCCGGCCCCGCAACCAGCCUGUCCACAGCCCGCCCUGCCGCCGCCAGGGAUUCAGCACCUUGGAGAGUUCCCCGCUUCCCAGAGGCAACGCACGGGCUCCCUGCGCUGUCUAAAAAGAUGGAACAUAGAAGUAGCUCCCAGCUUCUUGUGUCCAUUACACUCUUCAGCGUUCUCUGUUCACGGGCACAGACAUUACCUCCUUUGGGGACAUUCUCAGCUAUGAGACUGGGAAACAGAAUGCCAUUUGAUGUAGCAAGUGAACCUGAUCAACCCCAAGAUUCAUUAAAAGCUGAAACUGACAUUUUGCAAAAUACUGUGCCUGAACAUGACAAAUAUUAUUUGGAUGCAUCCAGAGCUAUGGAUAGAAAUACCCGCCAUGCUGAUGGACUUUUCACCAGUGGCUACAGCAAACUCUUGGGUCAACUUUCUGCAAGAAAAUAUCUGGAAUCACUUAUUGGAAAGCGAGUUAGCAACAACCUCCUGGAUGAACAGAUGCCUGUAAAGCGCCACUCUGAUGCUGUGUUUACCGACAACUACAGCCGUUUUAGAAAGCAAAUGGCUGUGAAAAAAUAUUUAAACUCAAUUUUAACUGGAAAAAGAAGCCAAGAAGAGCUAAACCCCACCAACCUUCAUGAUGAAGCAGAACUGCUUGAACCCUUUUCAGAAAACUAUGAUGAUGUUUCUGUAGAUGAGUUGCUGAACCGCCUCCCCUUGAACCUCUGAAGGACAUCUGGUAAAAGCUAUGACAAGAACAAACUUUUUUUUUUGAUUUCCACAUAGUAUUUCAAAGAAAAAACUUCAGUAUUCAAACCAAAACCAAUAUAUCGUGAAGUGAAAAUUGUGAUAUUUUUGUUUCUUAUAUAAUAAAAUUUGAUGUUUACACUGUAAAUAUUAAUUUAGAAUCCUCUACCUAAAGCUGUACAUAUGUAUGCUAUCUAACUCAUGGAAAAUAUGUGAUUUCAUAUGCUGUAAAUCCUUUACGUCAAUAAAUUCAUUUGAAAAAGAGGAGUGCACACUAUUGGACAAUCUCAAACUACUGGCUAACUGGCUUAUAUUAACUAUACCAUCAUUUCAGAAAAAACUGUGUGAUGUGAUGGAUACAUUUCCUGACAACUUCAUAAAUAAGUACAAAAGCUCAUGGAUUCAGUAUAUUCAAGCUGUCUCAGCAAAGAUUGCAGGAAGGAGUUCAUGUACAAAAAAGUAUGCUUCUUAACACUUCAUCAACAUAAAUAAAAAAGGCAUUACACAUGAUUUGAUAUUUCAUAGAACAUUUUUUUUUCUUCUACAUUCUGAAUAUUUUCAUAAUAUACAAAUUCAGUUAAAGCCAGAAAUGUGUCUUUAUUUUUAAUGGUAAUAGAGAUGAGCAUUUUUUAAUUCAGGGUUGCCAAAGCACACAAAAGGAGAAGGGAAAAUGCUACCCCUUUAUUUGUCUGAUGUGCCAAAGUCAUAAACCAUAAGAGAAUUCUACAUUUGAUUGUGUAUACCUUUGCUGAUGAAAGUAUUCCUAAUUAUAUAUAAAGUAGAUCUGAAGACACUUUGCUAUUUUUUCAAAAUAAAUGUAACUUAUGAAAUAUGAAGACAAUAAAACAUUUUAUUAUCACUGCA